CACGAGCAGGAAAUGCCUCUCUUUCUCCCCGAUCACUGACACACACGACAAAAAGUUACUGACACAGUACCGACAUGAACUCAGACAGACCGUCAAAUUCAUCCGCUGAUGACCAGCUUGACCCUGAGGAUGAGAAACAGUUUGCAGCAGCUGCCCGUGGGGCUAUCCGUCUCCCUGAGCUCCGUUUGAUCCUGCUGGGGUGGAGAUGGCCAGGUAAGAGCCUGACCGGCAACACCAUCCUGGGACGUGAGGAGUUCCAUCUGGAGCGUGCUGCUGAAUUCUGCGUGAAACGUGAAACCGAGGUGGAUGGACGCAAGGUAACUGUAGUAGACACACCUGGCUGGUUCUCAGCCCAGAACACACCAGGGGAUUACCAACAGGAGAUGGUCCGAAGCGUAAGUAUGUGCUCCGCGGGACCCCAUGCAUUCCUGCUGGUUAUACCUGUGGGCAUGUUCACAGAAACGGACAGGGCUCAUAUUGAGGAGAACUUGGCACUGUUUGGAGAGGACAUAUGGAAGCACACCUUGGUGGUGUUCACCUGGGCAGAGGUUUUGAAAGACAGGUCCAUAGAAAGGCAUAUACGAAGGGAGGGUCGUGACCUGCAGUGGGUGGUGGACAAGUGUAAAAAAAGGUACCACGUCAUCAAUAACUAUAUUUUUGGUGAACACCUGCAGCUGCCCCAGCUGAUGGAGAAGGUCGAGAAGAUGGUGGCUGAAGAAGGGGGUUACUUCACCCUUAAGACAGAUGAAAAAAUAACAUCAUGCAAAAAACAAAGUCAUGCUCAGAGCCUGUUCCAGCAUGACAAUCUGAACACCAAUGGUGUGAAAGAGAACCAAGAGCUCGGUGCGAGACCCAAACAGAAUGGUUCCUGCAACUCACUACGCGCCAUGGACGUCGACCCUCCACAGAGUUUGGUUGAAGGAGUGAGUGAAUAAUGAUGUACAGACUGUUCCAGUGCUACUGUGUUUGUUACCUCAAUUCAGGUACAUGGAGUGGUGGUGGUGUAGUGGACUAUAGCACUGAACUGGUAAGCAGAAGGUUGUUGGUUCAAUCCCCACAGCCACCACCAUUGUGUCCUUGAGCAAGGCACUUAACUCCAGGUUGCUCCAGGGGGAUUGUCCCUGUAAGUGGCACUGUAAGUCGCUUUGGAUAAAAGCCUCUGCCAAAUGCAUAAAUGUAAAUGUAAUUCCAUUGCACUAAAUAGUGCCUAAAUUAUUGGUGAAAUACCCAAAUGUGGCCCAAUUUACACCUUGCAUUAACAUGCGUUUUCGGUGAUCGGAUUGCUAUCGGAUAGCACUUGAUCACAUUAAAUGACAGGUGUUAAUGCAUCCAAGAUUGUGAUUGGGUCGUGAUCAGAUAAGUGAAACCACAUUCGGAGGUGGUCAGGGACAGAUUCUGACCACAUUCACAGAAGGUGUAAAUGCAACUGCCUUUUCAUAAUCCAGACACAACUAGGCAAGUAAUUAAUUAUGUGGUGAGGUUACGCGCUACAGUCAUCCAUUGUUAAAGUGCUGUGUUGUGGUUUAGGUUUGUUUUGCCAUCGCAAUGUGAAGAGCACAACAGACACCGACAUCUUGCAACUUGUCACCCAAACAAUGAAUAAUAUCCCAUGAAUUAUUCCAUUGGAAUACACUUGGAAUAUCUGUCUCUCUUUUCAAAUCCCACUCGCUCGUAUCUCUCUCCUGUUUUUUGUAAUCACUAUGUGGCAUGCGCAACGUUUCAGAUGAAAAGCAUAUUUAGCACUUGCAAAGUGCUGAAUUUGCUUUGGCAAAUUUAAUUUUAAGCCAACAAAAAUAUCCAAUGAGGGAAAAACCCUGACUGUAGUGAUUAAGUGAUGGAAAGCAUUUAAAUUAUCCAUCAAUAUUUUUAAACUCGCUAAAAGAUGAAGAAUUUUCAGUUACCACAGCCUCUGAUUUAAUAUGUAAGUAGAGUUUUCCAUUUUGUGCUGUAUCGGAUCUCUAUCUCAUCACAGUGGAAAUGCAUUUGACUGCAAGGUGUAAAUGCAAUCUAGCUAAAGAAUAUCCAGAUCCUCUCCGGAUAUGAAACACAUGUUUAAGCAAGGUGUAAAUGGGGCCUUCAGUCCGUCAAUCCAAGCAGCUUCAGGUGGUAAGGCUUACAGUAGGGAAGUAUCCAUGUAACUACUGAACCUAAAGAAUUGAACAUAUACUGUAACGUCAACAGGAAUUAUCAUCAUUCGAAGUUCCAUUAUUGUUAGUAAAUCUGUAGUUCAACCUCAUAUACUAAUUGAAAGCAUUUGUAUGGUAUGUCAUGCAAAUAUUACUACUACUGUGCACUAGUAACACAGUGAGUCAUCCAGUUGGCUAAUCAGGAUAUACGUUGUAUUAAUGCAGUUUCUUUAGAAAAUUCUUACAGUAAUGGAAUCAUCAGUUUGAGAGAGACACUCCCCGCUCAUUAGUUAUUUGCAUUAUUGAAUUUAAAAUGACGUGAUAGCCUGUGAAAAUGCCUAAACGAAUGCACUAAUAACAGUUAUUAGAGAUGCUGUGUCUGCUGCAUUUGGAAUAACUGAAUUAUUUACUGACAGUUGCUAUGGUUUUAUCAAUUAUUCCGAACAAGAAUUUCCAGUUUGUCACAUCACUGUUUGCUGAUGCUAAUAUAUGGCCUUAAUAUAAGAUAUGUCCCUAGUCGUUCUUAACAAAAGCAUAUUACUAAAUGUCUGUAGAUGUUUUUCUAAUAAUAUUAUUGCUGUAUUAUUCUAUGAGUGUUAAGUGUUUUCAUGCCUUGAUUUAUGCUUUUGCUAAAUGUUUUAGGAUUGCUGUGAUGUUUUCUUUAUAAAUAUUUUUUUAAGACAAAAAUUUGAAAUCACAGAUGUGUGUCGGCCCAUUUAUUUUUUUUUUUUUACCUAAUUCUGUACUGUUAUUUUUCAACAAAGUAAGCACUCUCCAGUUAAUUGGGAGAUAUAACUUAACUUAAAUGUUUUUCUUCCUAUGUUUGAGGCUACAUAGCUGUCCUUAUAUUAGCACUCAUCACUGUAUUUACCUAAUAAGAUAUUUCAUGCUAUAAAGAAACCAAUUUCAUGUAUAGCUAAAUUGUCUUCUAAUAACUAUGUUUGAGAUGACAUAAUGCAUUCCUUUUUAGAUGUUGACAUUUCUGAAAGCCAUAAAAUCUCCACCAGAUGUCUGUGGAUCUUGUCUUAUCAUGGACUGUUUUUAAAUAAAUUGUCCAGUUACUCUAA